AUGGCGUAUACAUUCGCAUUGCCUUUCAGACCGGUCUGCCCUGGACCUACCAAUUUCCACCUCUAUCAUGAGCAAGUCAAUCCCACCGAUCAAGAAAGCGAGUACGAUGCAGAUGUAGAAGCAGUCGAUCUCGAAGAAGUAGAAUCGGAACAUGAAGUCCCUAGAUCGAUCUCUAGCCCUACUCAAGCACUCGGCUCUCCAAUUAUCGCUUGGCAAGCCUUUAAAACUACACAACCGGGUGCCGCAGGAGUUGAGAUUGCCGAAGUUGAUAUCAUUGCCCAAGCCGAUCUUCUCGAAGAUGGAAAUUGGCAUGCUGUUCGCACUCCGCAGAUCGAGCCUGUUCAGACUUUCUCUCCUCGAUCCAGUGGUUGGACACCCAUCAAUGUUCCGUCACCAAAAACUUCGCCGAUCAGAAACGUAGAAUCAGCAACAUAUGACACCGCAACAUCUGACACCGAAAAUAAUCAAUCUAGCAUUAUUCAAAGUAAUGGUUGGUCAGUCACCAACGGUUCGCAGACCGAUACCUCGCAAGCUACCAGUGUCGAACUCGAUAAACCGUCAUUAAGCUACCCGCAGAAGUGGAAUACAUUGCAUCGACACCCGAAGAAAGCCAAGCCCGUCAUGAAGACCAUGUUUGACAUGCCUCAGCUCAAGGCCAACUUCCGAAAAUACAAGAAAGAAUAUACCUCCGCGUCCGCCAAAGAACAAAUCAAGUGGCUCAAAUACCGCAUUGCAUGCCUGGAUACAGACAAUAGUGUAGACUAUAAUUUCGAGACGACAAUUUUAGAAGCAGAAUGGGAUGCAUUUUGGGAGAGACGUAGAUGGUUGAAGCAGGAGAUGCUGAGGAUCAAGAAUGUUUAUACAUUGGCAAGACAUAGACGUCAAGAACGCAUACACUAUGCUUUGAGGGCAAAUUAUGAUAUUGCGUUCAUCAAGUCACUUGCGGAGAACUGA